GUCGUUUAUGGGGAAAAGCAUUAGAGAAAAUGAGAAAUCCGAAAGAAGAUGAUAAUGUACGUUACCAAAACCAGAAGCAACAACAAAAGCCCGCCAUUAUGCUCGUCUACCCAUCAACUACCGUCGCCGCCACAUUCUCGCCCUCAUCGCUAUCUCAGCGACUCCCGUCGUGAUUCUCACUGUUAAUUCGAUUCCCGUUGCAGCUUCCGGUGAAAUUUCUCAGCUCUGCAACGGGUAAUUCAGUGAACAAAGUCAUUCUAAGUCUUAUUCUUUGUUUUGCAGAGAAAGAUAGUACGAUGAAACCGAGAAAGGAAGUAAAGAGAAGAAGCCGACCUUCAUCACCCAUCAAGGACCGAACUACAGUCUCUUCUGGAUAUGAAUCUAGGUCUCCUGGGCCGCGCUCUUCCAGGCUCAGUCCCCCAGUCUCUCUUCACAACCGGGAGCUAGUAAUUGAUGACAGCACUCUCUUUGAAGGUCUCUCGAUUUCUGAAGAACCCACCAGCUCCAGUUCCAAUUCCAAUCCUCGAAGUUUUCCAUACAGUGUCAAGCAGCAAUGCUGGGAGAAGGCCGAGAAGAUCAAAGGACGAGAUCCAGGUAGGUGGCGCCGAGAUUCCCUUGGCAACAUUGUCUUUCGGAAGCUUGUGGGCUGCCCAGGUUGUCUGUGUCAUGACUAUGAUCACAUUUUGCCUUACUCUAAGGGUGGACAAAGCACACUAGAAAAUUGUCAGGUUUUACAGGCAACAGUUAACCGGUCAAAAGGAAAUCGAACUGAGCUAUCCAGAGCUGAACUUAUUCAGAAAAGCUCUUAUUGUCGUGUCUCAGGCCGCGACAUGGAUCUUCUCGAGCUUUCUGCCUAUGGCAACGUUCGGCAUUCAAAAGAGUCUGGGGGAUGUAGAAUUCAAUAGCCACAAGCAUUGUCUUUGCUCUAUCCAUCAUUCAAUCCUCCAAUAUUGUUUUCUUGGGUAAAUUGGAUUAUUAUUAUUGUAACAAACGUAGCCAAUGUCCUUAACUACCUUUGUAAUCAAAUUAUUCAUUUGUUACAGAAAUCUUUAUGCACUCACAAAUCACAAUAUAAUUGCACUGUUCUCUGA